AUGCUAGCAGCUAUCCGUCGAGAAACAGGAAUACUCAUGAUUUCCAUGGUCCAAAGUCAGGUGGACCCGGUCAAAUUGGCUCCAAUUUCGGUGAGCAGUUAUCCGGUGAUGGGCAAGAUACCACAGCGGUCAAACGCCGACCUAUCUACGGACCUCCAGAUGACGAAACUUUGGGAGCGUUUUGGCAACGAAAACCUGCAAACCGACAUAAAACACGCAGGAAACGACUUAUGGAAGCUCUAUUUGACUACAAUCCCCAAAUAUACAGCCCGAACGUCGAUGUUCAGCGACUUCGACGACGACAUGAAACUGGCGGAGGACAUCAGACACUGUGUUGAUGACCUUUCCGGAUGUGAAUCAGAAUCCACUGUCAACGGUAGAGUCUCCGGCGCCUAUGCAUCACAGCCACGUGGCCAGCAGAGAGGCAGAGCUGCGGAGUCUACCGGUCAGCCUCCGAACGUCCUGGAUUAUCAAAGUCCGCCCCCAAUACCCCAGGGGAAAUCGAAACAACGAAGACAAACACGUCCGACUGGAAUUGAGCCUGCUCGACAACCUGCGUUCCCGAAAAAGCACGGUUCACGACCUCGAGCGACCCAGCAACGUGGACAUUUAUCAGAAAUGAAAGCGGAACGUCUGACGGAGGAGGAGUCGAUGAUUGCCUUGACAGUUCCGCCUGCUUCCGAUUGGGGCAGCAGUCCUGCGCAGAGCAAUGAACGAACAAUGUCUGCCCAGCAGGCUAAGAUGGGAAUCACAAAUCAGUCUCAGGAACCUGUUCACAUAAGAAAGUCUGACGAAAGCGAUAAAGAAAGUGUGAUCAUUAUGGACAUCCAUUCUUCAAGUAACCGCAAGGUAACGUUUUGA